UUUGCAGUAGCAAAGGCUUUGUUUCUUUGACAACGUAGCUCAGGUUGUGGGGUUUGACAGAUCUAAUACUUUUCUCUUACGUCUCUCUAUUUAAAGCUACCCCUCAUUCCUCUAUUUUAUGCUUUCUUCACACGCUCUCCCUAUUUACUUCACGCCUCGUUACAUCAUUUUCUCUGGCAACUACUACUUCUUCUUCUUCUGCACUACCCCAUUACAUCAUUUCCUUUACAACUACUACUUUUUCUUCUCCAUAUUUACACGAAGAUAUACACAACACAAAACCGUGCUUAUUUGCAAGUUCCCAAGACUUGUAGGCAUGGUUCUACUUCGGUUUCUAUUUCGGUGAUUGAUUUCUGUCUCACACUUCUGGAAUCUUAUCGUACGUUCUACAUAGGCAGAAAAAGUGAAGUAAGUCACCAUUGUUAGUAGUACUACGUAGAAAUUCUGUGCAUUUUGAUAAUACUACUACUAGUAGUUUGCAUUUAUCAAUCAUGGGAAAUUGCCAAGCGGCAGAGGCGGCAACAGUGGUGAUUCAACAUCCAGGUAACAAAGUGGAGAGAAUUUACUGGUCUACAAGUGCACAUGAAGUCAUGAGCUCAAAUCCUGGCCAUUACGUCGCCCUUGUUAUCUCUUCUCCAACUGAUCAGAGAACACACAAUGGUUCGCCCGUUAGGCAGCUCAAGCUUCUCCGACCCGGCGAUACUUUACUUCUUGGACAAGUUUAUCGACUCAUCAGCUUCGAAGAUGUACUGAAAGAGUUUGCAGCAAAGAAGUGCAUGAAACUUGGCAAGUUACUAAGAGAAAGUGGAGGCCUCGUUCUUGAUUCCAAGAAAAUCUCGACCGAUUCACCAGCAGUGAACGCCAAGUCGAGAUUGGUGAAUGGGAUCCAAGCUAAGAUGGAACAGGAGACUUAUCAACAAGGAAGUAGCAGCAGCAGCAGUGGGCAGAGCCAGAGGAGUGUGGUGGGAAGACAUAAUGGUGGGGGGCAAUGGAAACCAGCCUUACAGAGUAUUGCAGAGAUUGGAACUUGAACUCACUCACCCUAAGCAGAAGCGCCACUCCUAUCUCAAUUACAUACUUCCCUAGCGACUAAGCCUUUCCAAAAUAAGAAAUUGGCUUUUCUCAAAUGCCCCUACUUUAGUUUAGAAAAUUAAACCCACUUAAUUAGUACAAUGGGAGUUGAUGUUCGACGGACCCAAUCUAAAGAAUUGUAGUUUACCUUAUUUUCAAGUUUGGCAUAAUUAAACAAUUACCGUCAUUUGAGAAUA